AAGACUACUUCCUUAUUCAUUCAUGUUGUCACUCUGCCUCAGGCUUGUGAUGAUAUUCCCAAAAAUGAUAUUUCCAAGGAUGAUCUUCUUAUGGAAUUCCCUUAUGAUAUUAUUGCUGAUUGCAAACUGAUUGUCAACAAUAUACAACCUGUUCAUCAGUUUCAAACCGUUCACAUAAAAAAGAGGUUUUCAAUUGUGAAACCAGUGAUUGAAGAG